GUGAAUAAGUUUUAGUGUAGUAUAUGCUCAAAAAGAAUCAAAAUUUAAAAAAAGAAGAAGACCUUAAUAACUCGAUAAAAUAAUAACAAAAAAUAAUUGAAAGUAUACUUGUAUAAAGACCGAGACACUAUUGACAAUUUACAAUAUACACUAAUUUAUAGUUGCAAAUAUAAAAUUUAAAUGGCAGAAUUUAUAUUAACUUCGACGUUGAUCAGUAAUUAUAUAAAAAAUAAAAAUUCUAAUGCCCUCAGAAAAUGUUUUCAAGCACUUGUAGACCGAAAACACGUAAAAUUAGAUAUUUCCGUCUUAUCAUUAAUACUAAAAUAUGAACUUCUUGUGGAUUUAGACGGUUUAAGUCCCGAUUUAUCGUCAGCAUUACCGUACAUGCUGGUUUUUUAUAUUAGAAAUUGGCCAGGAUGGCAAAAAAGUAAAGAAUACUAUAGCGGUAAAUUGAAUUUUAGAGAUUGGUUUACAAAAUUCAGGGAAUAUAUAAUGUUUAGAUUAAAUUAUCUCAUACAUCAUGGGUAUGCAGCUGUUUUAAAUUGCAUAACCGAGGAGCGAAAAGAUGAAUUUAAAAAAAAUUCAAAUAACUUUGUGGAUAAAGAAGUACAAACUGAACUAUCAGAAGCAACAAUUGAUAUAGCACCAUUUGCCAUUAAUAUCCAAUGUCCUCCCAAAAUGUUGAGUUCAUUCGUUUUUUCAGAUGUCGAAGAUGACAUAUUACUAAGCCAGCACCAAUAUCACCCUUGGUAUCCCAUAGCAAUAAAGGAUCUCAUAAAUUGGCCUCACGUAGCUGUGGAAUUUAUUAGUCCUGAAUUAUCUUUUAAAAGAUACAAUAAAAGUCAAUACAGAAGAUUUGUCAAUUUCACUGAUUGCCAUACCGAUCAGGACUUUUCUCCAAAAGUAGAAAAGAUAGAAAUUAUCGAUCCCCGCACGGAAAGGGAAUGCUACACUCUUAGUUUAUUGAUAAUGUAUGCCCAGCAGUUUAAUGAUUUAUUACAAAAGUUACCAAAAAUAUCCAAAACUAAACUUGAUGCUAUAAAACUUAUUUUGGAAGCAAUGUUAGCUGAUAUAUAUGAAAUAGGUAGAUUAUUAGGUUAUAAAAAUUCAGACAUGACCAUAGCCACAAACACUUCCGUUUUAUUCAACAUAGGACAGAGUUCUUAUAUAAGAAACAAAAAACUUAACAGGGGGAAACCAGCUGAAAAUGGAAAUGCCAGAGAGGUGGGUUAUUGUGAAAUGUUUAUUCCGAAAAUAGACUUCCAGAUGAAUUUCUUCAAAGGUACACAAGAUAACACCUCACCGACGAUUUCUUUCGUCUUUUUAAACAAGAUACAAAAAAUGAUUGAAAGUAAUAGUAAAGAUGUACAAGAGUCAAUAGAACCAAUAAUAACUUUCAAGUGCCUUUUCUGUGAUGUCAUAUAUGAUAGAUAUGAAAUGUUAAUAACACAUUUUUCUGUAUGUCACGGAAUGGAACCUAAUCUUGUAUGUGCAAAAUGUUGCAGAGCCAUGAGUUUGAGUUUCCUCGCACAAGCUAGGUGGAAGCAUUCAUGUCAAUCAGUAACCCAUUAAUUCAUAUUGUUCAUUUAUUUUUUUUAUAAUAUGAUUUAUAAAGUAUUUUGUUAUUAUUUCACUAAUUAGUUUUCAUCCAUACAAACUUCAUGUUUUUCACAAUAAAGUUUUAUUAAUAAAAA